AUGGCCAAGAUAAAGAGCAUCGAACACUUCAGGGUGCUGCCGAGAUGGCUCUUUGUCAAGAUCACAGACGAAGAAGAUGGCUACGGAUGGGGUGAAAGCACGCUUGAAGGACACUCUGAGGCCAUCGAGGGGACACUCAACGCCCUGAGUAAACAGAUUCAGGGCUACGAAGCAGACGAUAUCGAACAUAUAUGGCAGACAGCAUGGAGACAAGGCUUCUACCGCGGCGGCCCAGUAUUCAUGUCUGCCAUCUCUGGCAUCGACAUCGCCCUCUGGGAUCUCAAAGCUCGACGGCUCGGAGUGCCCAUCCACCAGCUACUAGGUGGUAAGGUCCGCAGCAAGAUAUCCGUCUACGCCUGGAUAGGAGGCGAUAGGCCAGCCGAUGUCGAAGCAGCAGGCAAAUCCAGGCUGGCACAGGGGUUCAAAGCUAUAAAGAUGAACGCUACCGAAGACGUCAACUGGCUCGACUCCCCCCGUGUCCUCGAAGCCAGCGUCGAAAGGCUCAAGACAGUAAAGGCCCUGGGCCUCGAUGCUGCCCUCGACUUCCACGGCCGUCUCCAUAAACCCAUGGCCAAACAGUUAGCCAAAAUGGUCGAGCCAUAUCACCCCUUAUUCAUCGAAGAGCCGCUCCUCUCCGAGCACCCGGAAGGCAUCAAGCAGCUGUCCCAGCAGACCUCGACUCCCAUCGCGCUGGGCGAGCGCCUGUACAGCCGCUGGGACGUGAAACGCUUCCUCGAGGAUGCCAGCGUCGACAUCCUCCAGCCUGAUAUCAGCCAUUGCGGUGGAAUAUCCGAACUUCGGCGCAUCGCCGCCAUGGCCGAGACGUACGAUGUCGCAAUAGCUCCACACUGUCCGCUGGGUCCGAUCGCCCUUGCAGCGUGUAUGCAGGUUGACUUGUCGAUGCCGAACUUUGUGAUCCAGGAGAUGAGCCUGGGGAUUCACUACAACACCACCGCAUCGGGUGAGGAGUAUGAUAUUACCAAUUAUAUAAAGGAUGCGGGAGUGUUUGAUGUGGAAGAUGGAUAUGUCAGGGCUUUGGAUCGGCCGGGCCUGGGGAUCGAAGUAGACGAGGAGGAAGUAAGGCGUGUAGCCAGAGAUGCGAAGCCAUGGGUUACCACUGGCUUCUUUGGCCCGGAUGGGAGUAUUCGGGAGUGGUAG